AUUUAAUGUUGUAAUUCUUCUUAUCAAGUCCUAUAGAUGGCAUGUCUUAUUAUAUUUGGUUAAAUAAGCCAAUAAAGGCAUCACUAAGUGAUGGAAAUUAUAUGGCUCCAUUUUAUUUACUCUUUCCUUCAUUAUGGAUAGAAAAUAAAAUUAACAGAAAUGCUUAUCCAACUAAGUUAGAAUGCAUUAAGAAAUGUUUACUUCAUAUUGCCUUUUAUCCUUUAACAGUUAUUUUAAUCAAUGCAAUAGCAAAGAAUUUAUUUAUAACUGAUAGUUUUAAGGAUAUUUUUCAGAAUAAAGGAUUUUUUGGAUUUUUUUCAGGUCUUCCAUAUUAAUUAUUGAUGCAAAGCUUAUUAGUUUUUUAAAAUUAUUUUUUCAUAGAAAAUGAACAUGUUGAUAAUUUCAGAAUGGGAGUUUGGAUAAUAUUUUAAAUAAUAAAUGUUCCAUUACAGAUUUUAUUUUCAUCUUUACGAUUAAAAUCAAUAAGUGGAAUAUCUGAACUAUUAAAUAUAGGAUCUGGUUGGUUAUUUGGAUUGGUGAGUUAAUGUAUUAAAUAGUUUAAUUCUUUAAAGUAAGAAUUGGUAAAAGCAAAAGAUCCAAGAGCAAGAAAAUUUAUAGGAGGAUGA